AUGAGCCAUUUCCUUGAACACCUGCGCCAAGUCGUGCGGCAAGCCAGACGGCAUCCGUCGUCUCAGCGGCCCAGAAAGUCUCCCAUAAUCUCAAAGCCUGCGAGAAACACUCGCACUGCCUGGGAGAAGCUUCCCGUGGAUGUUCUAGUGAAGAUCCUGGUACAAUGCGAAUUGGAAGAGAUCCAUUCCUUCUCGGCUACAUGCCGCCUCUUACACCAGCGGGUCUAUCACAAUGAGGCUACUAUCGCCAAAGCUUAUCUCCAACAUCGGCGGCGAGAGGAUCAAUACCACCUUCAAAAGUGCCAGGAACCCAACGUCGCCAUCGGCGACGACCUCACUUUCGUAUCUGAUCUCUUCCCGCCCCCGCCUCCCCACUACACCCCGAGCGGCACGCUGGAAGAAUCGCCCGACUACUCGUUCGGCUACCUGACCGAUCUCACGCGAUGCUGGCGGACCUGCGUGCGGCUGUCCUUCUACCUGGCCGAAUACCUGGUGCAGCAUUACCUUGAGACCGAUCCCACGGCGCGGGAGCUAUGGGCCUCCUCCAAGACGGAGAAGGAGUUCGUCUACAGCAAGGGCGUCGGCGCACUGCAAGCCCGCCUGCUCCCAUCGAUGUAUGCCCUCACUACCCCGGGUUUCAUCGAGGUCAAGGCUAAUCCGCCGCAUCCCAGAACCUACCUCGUCUACUUCCUGGAAUCCUGCGCCGACACCACCAGCCCAACCCACUCCCUGGACUGCCAGGAACGCAUCCUCCAGGAACCCCCCUUCACCGACCCCGACGUCCUGCUCGCCACCCACCACACCAUGCACACCCUCAUCCACACCGUGCGCCACCUCAUGGCCCCGGACAUCCCCUACACCUCCUCCCAGACAUGGGUCAGUCUGCUGCUCACCACCUCCACCCUCGAACGCAUCGUCGAUCUCUUCGUCGCCGUUGCGGCCGACGAUUCCAGCCCACAGCAGCCAGGCCCCCGAAAGAAAACCGAGAAGCAUGACCACCAGCGCCAGCACCAUCACAGCCACAACCCUAACAACAACCACAACGACCAUCCACCUACCCAAACACAAUCACACCCCCACCACUCCGAACCCCACACCCACUGGUCCCACCGCAUGGACUUCCUAUGGCACAUGCGCCGCGAUUACGGGGACUACCUAGCGGCGCUGGUGGGCGACGACCAAACCGACCCCCCCGACACCGGCCAUUCGGGCAUGGUGCCCCGGCUGCAGGAGAUCUGGUUCGCCGCGGCGGAGCGGGCAAUCCGCGAACGGGGGCUGGGGGCGCAUGCGCCCGAGGUGCCUGUGAUAUGGCUGGGAUAUGGGUGA